UGUCUGUGCGCGUGCUCACGCUAGCUUUUGAGGCACCCUUCCCCCACCGUGCCGUUCAGGUGGAAAAGGCGGGAUUGUCAGGUGUUACCGGCCGAACCUCCGGUGGAGAGGCUGAGAAAGUGCCCUGCGGUCUGUCUCACGCGCUCCCUGACUUCCGCACUUCCUGUUAACUUGCUGAUUGAGGACGAAGAUGGCGGACGCCUUCGGGGACGAGCUGUUUAGUGUGUUCGAGGAAGAGACACCGGCGCCCAGCAAGAAUGGGAAACCCGGGCCUGCGCCCACCAGCGGAAAGCGAAACGCUGCGCCUCAGGCUGCGCUCUCGGGUCCGUCCGCAAAAAACAAGAGAGACGCUGCCAGUAUUGAAGGUCCCGAGGAGAAUAUUUUUGGGAAGAAGCUAAAACUUGAAUCCUCUAGCGAUGAGUUAAACCUGGCAGAUUUAAUGCCAAGAAUAAACGUUCAGGCAGUUGAAACCGUAGAGGGCUGCACACACGAGGUUGCUCUGCCCGCAGAUGAUGAAUACGUGCCUCUUAAACCCCGAGUUGGAAAAGCGGCAAAGGAAUAUCCGUUCAUAUUAGAUGCCUUUCAAAGAGAAGCCAUUCUUUGCAUAGAUAACAACCAGUCUGUUUUGGUGUCUGCUCAUACAUCUGCUGGGAAAACUGUCUGUGCAGAAUAUGCCAUCGCACUUGCCCUGCGUGAGAAGCAACGUGUUAUAUUCACCAGCCCUAUUAAAGCUCUAAGUAACCAGAAAUACAGAGAGAUGUAUGAAGAAUUUCAGGACGUUGGGCUUAUGACCGGCGACGUCACCAUCAAUCCAACGGCCUCCUGUCUUGUCAUGACAACUGAGAUUUUGAGAAGUAUGUUGUACCGAGGCUCUGAAGUUAUGCGAGAAGUUGCUUGGGUUAUAUUUGAUGAGAUUCACUACAUGAGAGAUGCAGAGAGAGGAGUAGUAUGGGAGGAAACCAUCAUUCUUCUUCCAGAUAACGUGCAUUAUGUUUUUCUCUCGGCCACCAUCCCAAAUGCGCGCCAGUUUGCAGAGUGGAUCUGCCACCUCCACAAGCAGCCUUGUCAUGUCAUCUACACGGACUACCGACCCACUCCUUUGCAGCAUUACAUCUUUCCAGCAGGGGGCGAUGGACUCCACCUCGUUGUCGAUGAAAAUGGUGACUUCCGAGAAGACAACUUUAAUACAGCAAUGCAAGUUCUAAGAGAUGCCGGUGACCUAGCGAAAGGAGAUCAGAAAGGCCGUAGAGGUGGAACAAAAGGUCCUUCGAAUGUUUUUAAGAUUGUGAAGAUGAUCAUGGAGAGGAACUUCCAACCCGUCAUUAUUUUUAGUUUCAGUAAGAAGGAUUGUGAGGCCUACGCUCUACAGAUGUCUAAACUGGAUUUCAACACAGAUGAAGAGAAAAAGAUGGUUGAAGAGGUCUUCAACAAUGCAAUACACUGUCUUUCAGAUGAGGAUAAGAAGCUCCCACAGGUUGAACAUGUGCUGCCUCUUCUUAAGAGGGGCAUAGGAAUACAUCAUGGUGGGUUGCUUCCCAUAUUAAAGGAGACUAUAGAGAUCCUGUUCUCAGAAGGUUUGCUCAAGGCUUUAUUUGCUACGGAGACAUUUGCGAUGGGAAUUAACAUGCCCGCCAGGACAGUCUUGUUCACAAAUGCCCGCAAAUUUGAUGGAAAGGACUUCCGUUGGAUCUCAUCUGGGGAAUAUAUUCAAAUGUCCGGCCGUGCCGGGAGACGUGGUAUGGAUGAAAGAGGAAUUGUAAUUUUAAUGGUUGACGAGAAAAUUAGCCCAACCAUUGGAAAGCAGCUGCUCAAGGGCUCUGCGGAUCCGCUCAACAGCGCUUUUCACCUGACUUAUAACAUGGUGCUGAACCUCUUGCGCGUGGAAGAAAUCAAUCCCGAAUAUAUGUUAGAAAAAUCAUUUUACCAGUUCCAGCAUUACAGAGCCAUCCCCGGUGUAGCCGAGAAGGUGAAGAAGUUGGAGGAGCAGUACAAUAGUAUUCAAAUUCCCAACGAAGAAAGCGUUGUGACGUACUACAAAAUCCGCCAGCAGCUCGCUAAACUCGGCAAAGAGAUAGAAGAUUAUAUUCAUAAACCCAAGUACUGUCUCUCGUUCCUGCAGCCCGGCCGCCUUGUUAAGGUAAAAAGCGAAGACAGUGAUUUCGGAUGGGGAGUAGUUGUGAACUUUUCCAAGAAGUCCAAUGUAAAGCCGAACUCCGGGGAGCUGGACCCCCUGUAUGUGGUGGAGGUUUUGCUGAACUGCUCUAAGGAGAGCUUAAAGAAUUCUGCAACCGAAGCUGCCAAACCAGCGAGACCCGACGAGAAGGGAGAGAUGCAGGUAGCUCCUGUGAUGCUUCAUUUGAUCACGGCCAUCAGCAGCGUGCGUCUGUACAUCCCGAAGGAUCUCCGGCCUCUUGAUAACAGACAGAGCGUGUUAAAGUCUAUUCAGGAGGUUCAGAAGCGUUUCCCUGACGGCGUACCGUUACUAGAUCCUAUUGAUGAUAUGGGAAUCAAAGAUCAAGGACUGAAGAAAGUGAUACAGAAGACCGAGGCGUUUGAACACCGAAUGUAUUCACAUCCCCUUAACAACGACCCUAAUUUGGAGUCGGUUUACAAGCUUUGCGAGAAGAAAGCCCAGAUUGCGGUGGACAUAAGAGCAGCAAAGCGGGAACUGAAGAAGGCCAGGACGGUGUUACAGAUGGACGAGCUGAAAUGCCGCAAGCGUGUGCUGAGAAGGAUGGGUUUCGCCACCUCCGCUGACGUUAUAGAGAUGAAAGGGCGAGUGGCUUGCGAGAUCAGCAGCGCUGAUGAACUCCUCCUCACUGAAAUGAUAUUUAAUGGACUUUUUAACGACCUGACAGCAGAACAAGCAACCGCGCUUCUCAGCUGCUUCGUAUUUCAGGAAAAUUCCAGCGAAAUGCCUAAACUUACGGAGCAGCUGGCAGGACCUCUCCGACAAAUGCAGGAAACCGCCAGGAGGAUUGCUAAGGUCUCGGCGGAAGCUAAAUUAGAGAUAGAUGAGGAUACUUACUUAGGAACAUUUCGACCAAAUCUCAUGGAUGUUGUCUACACCUGGGCCAACGGAUCGACCUUCGCUCAGAUUUGCAAAAUGACUGAUGUUUUUGAAGGUAGUAUAAUCCGGUGCAUGAGGCGGCUUGAAGAAUUGCUUAGACAAAUGUGCCAAGCGGCCAAAGCCAUUGGAAACACAGAGCUGGAGAACAAAUUUGCAGAAGGAAUUACAAAAAUUAAAAGGGACAUUGUGUUUGCGGCGAGUCUCUAUCUCUAGCGGUGCUGAUUCGAUCCGGAGUCUGAAGUGAAGAGCUGUUUGAUUGGUAUUUGUUGCCCACCCCAAGUAUUGAGUACCCCUCGUCCGCAUGCACUCGCAUAAACCAACACAAGUGUUUGCUUUAAACAGUUUUAAUGUUUCCGUGGUAUAAAUCCGAACAGGCAAUUGUCUGGCAAAGCAAUAUUAAACAAGUGUUUGUACAUAAACAUGUUACCACAUUAUUUUAAUAAAAAAAUUUACAAUUUGAA